AUGGACAAAGGUCUCCUGGCAAAGAUUAACCCUCAAGAGUCUUUCUUUGCUCAAGCUAUGGAACUAGAAAGCAACUUUGACUUUCAAAAAAAUGUCUUAAGUACGAGUGGCCAGAAUGAAACCUCCCAGAAAAUACAUGCUAGCAAGGAGGCAAAUGUAGCGGCAAACAAAUUGAACGAUAUUCCAGAAGCACCACAAGAGGUCAAAAAGCACCUUCGAGAUGUAGCAGUAGAAAAUACAGAGAGAAUAAAAACGGCAGAGAAAAAGAAGGAAAACCGAAGUAAUGAUGCAGACAGAGCAAGCUGUAAACGAAAAUCAGAAACCAAUGAAAAACUCGCUGAGAAGAAAGGAGCAGCAAUGUUAGAGCCUGGCAAUGGGCUAAUCCCAGCUCCUCUGUCUCACAUUCCUCUGCAAAGCCUGCUGGACAUCGAAUCAAAGUUGGUCUACAUUGACAAGGAGGAUAUUUCCUUUGAGUUUGCGGAGGCGGUGGUGCCUGCAGGCCGCCGAUCAGCGCGCCGUGGCCGUGCCACCACCGCUAUGAGCGCACCGAGCAUGCCGCGGGUCGACAAGCAGCUGCAGGUGGCCCUCCGGGAUGCCAGCACUCGCUACGGGCAGAAGAACUACGCGGUGGCAGCAGCUCAGUUCGCCACGGCACUGGAGCUUUGCAGUAAAGGUGUUGCUACAGGCAAACCCUUUGAUUCAUCUCCAGAAGAUAUUUCCAGCAUUGCCAGUUUUAUUGAGACAAAGCUUGUAACCUGCUACUUAAAACUGGGGAAGCCAGAUCUUGCUCUGAAUCAUUCACACAGGAGCAUUAUUCUGAACCCAGCCUAUUUCCGGAAUCACCUGCGUCAAGCUGCCGUGUUUAGGUGUUUAGAGAGAUACUCUGAAGCUGCAAGGAGUGCCAUGACUGCUGACUAUAUGUACUGGCUGACAGGAGGCACUGAACAGCACAUAAGCAAGCUCAUCAAACUGUAUUGGCAGGCUAUGAUUGAAGAAGCCAUCACUAGAGAAGAAUCUUUUUCAGUCAUGUACACACCAUUUGUGACAAAAGUCAAGGCUGACAAAACUGACAAGAUGAAGGACACAUUUGCUAAAAAGCACCCUGACUAUGUGGAGCACAUAUAUACAGAUCCUCAUGGACUUCAUAUCUUGCCACAGACAACUGAGUGGUCUUCUCCUCCUCCCCAGCAGUACUUACUAACUCUGGGUUUCAGAAACAAAAACAUUGGAAAAACAUUGGAAAAGCUGUCAACUAGAAAACUGCCAAUCUUUUCAGACAGGAAAUCACCUUUCAGUCCUUUCACUGAAGAAGAAUCAAGAAGACAUUGGGAGACUGUUGGGAAAAAGAUCAUGCCAGUCAUGGAUUUUAUAAGAAGCACCAAAUUAACGGACAAUUUCUGUGCGUGUUCACAUGUGAUAGAGAAGUUGCAUUAUGCCAGCAUCCUCGGCCAGUUGCAGCAAGUCACGGAACAGUCCCAGGUGAUUAAUCAAGCGAUGGCUGAGCUAGCAUCCAUUCCCUAUCUGCAGGACAUCAGUCAGCAGGAUGCUGAACUGCUGCAGUCGUUAAUGGCAGAUGCCAUGGACACCCUUGAAGGAAGAAGGAGUGAUAAAGAACGUGUGUGGAAUAAAAUUGAGAAGAUCGGAAUAAUUGAAGACUUCUUAUACCAAGUAGAAGACAGUUACUUAAAGAACAAAAGGCUGAGAGCAGCUAGGAGGGAGAAAAUGAAAAUGAAGAGGCUUCAAAAUACGCAGCAACAUUAGAGCCUAGGAAAUACAAAGCUGUCCCUCACCAGCCCUAAAGACAUGGCCACACAGCCAACGAGAAAAUUAACACUGUAGAUAUUUGAUAGAUAGGUCAGCAAAAGCCACCUUUCCACUUAAUGAGCCUUUCACUCGCUAUGGGGUAUCUUUAGCAAGACACUCCUGCACUUCAUUAGCCUUAACUGGCUGGAAUAAACGUCCACACAAGGCUUAUUUUAAAUUGUCUUGUUUAUUUAAACAGUAACACCCAGUGGUGCAUUUCUCUCUACAUCCAGGAGGAAAAAGCCGGGGAGGGCUUCUAAUGGUUUACACCCACGCUAAGAUAGAGCCAGCUGCAGGAAACUGCCUGGGGCUACCACCCUGCUACCUGCCCGCACCUCUGUAGCCCGUGACUUGGUUUUACAGAGCUGAGCCUGUGCGCACAUCAGGCCAAGGGGGCUUAAAUUUCAAGAGGAAGCUCAUACGGAUUUUCUGACCUGAGGAUAUUCUGUACCCACACCCUGUAAAAUCCUCCUGGCUUGGUUGUCACACGAAAAGUGCCGAGGACAGGCGUCCCCCCAGUCCUUAGCUAAAAGGAAUUUGGCCUCACAUUGUCUUCCUCGCACAUUAGUGCUUUACACUACAGAUAUUGGUACUAGCAAAAGGUGACAAGUGGGAGCCUGCACCUUAUAGCUGAAGCCUGGACGAGUGCAAGAAACGUGACACAACAAAAAGAGAAAGCAAAAAACAGUGGCCAGCAUUGCUCCAGGUUAAGAACCUGCAGCCCUUUGCUCUGGUCUGUGCCCUAAGGGUAAGUUUUCCUCCAUUAGAUGAAAAUUUUUAUUUCACAGAAUCACAGAUUUUAUUUUGUUUUAAAAGACCUACUUUGCAAUAGAGAUCACCUUAUCGGCUGAUGUUUUGUAGGCAUUGUUAACUGAUGUGUGCAGUCUGUUCUAAGGCUGGCAUUUCCUUUUCCUUUGCUGCAUUUACGUUGUAAGGAAAUAACCUCAACCUAUAAAAAUAGGAUUCGGUUCCAUGUAAUUUCUCAUUCAAAGGUAACUUUAAAACAAAAAGAUAGAAAGAAAAAAUCCAGUCGAGCAUUAAGAUUUAAUUGGAAAUCCAGGACCUCAAAGGUAUUUAGCCACUUAAUUCCCAUUAUCUAUUUAUCACAGAUAGGAGUCUAAAUCCUGCAGAUUUUUAGCUGCCACAGACCAUCUUCCUAGGCUCUCAUAAAAGAUUUUUUUUUAAACUGAGACAGAACCAGCAAAAGCUUUGAUAGUCGUUUGUUCAUCGUUAACAGAGUAAGUAUAAAGAAAUCUUUCUGAGAAAAUCUGAGCUAGCUCAAGCUCAGACAUGUGGGACAUAGAAACGAAGAAUUAUUGCCCUUUGGAGACAGCAUUAUUUUGCAAUGGAGUUGGUUUUGUCAGAUGAAGUUUUAUGACACAUAGUGGCAAUCAUCCAUCUUUGAUGAGCAGACACAUACUAAAUCAGAAAGACUGCUCCCCAUGGAUCAUCAAGUCACAGUCAACACACAGUUUGGUAAAUCAUGAGGCUCUUAAGCAAAUACUCUUAAUUUGCUGUAAACUAGUUUACAAUUCCGCAAUAUUUUAUGCAAAAUCACGGAUACUCUUUUUCAUCAUUCCAGGUAGAAAAAGUGCAAUGAAAAGAGGUGAUCUCUGGGGGGGAAAAACGACACUGCCGCUGAGAAAACAGUCUGUGCAACAUGAAAAAGUCAAUCUUGGUGCACUGAGCGCAGCGUACCAGGCUCACUGCAGGGCCUUGUGAGAACCCCAGACCCGAGACAAGAUGUGACAGUUCACUUUCUGACAUUCAGGUAGGGCAGAAAAACGCUACAGAUCAGUUCAUCAUUGAGAGAGAGAAGCUGUUGCCCAAAUCAAUCUGUUAGGUGUCUGAAACACCUGGCCCAACAGCUGGCUACAGCGCCCUUUAGUUCCAGAAAGCCAGAGACUGAGGCAGUUGUCGGAAGAAUUC